AAUCGAGUUUCGUUUUUUUGAAAUACUAUCAAAUGCAGUUCAGAGCGGGAGGUGUACACAUCUAAGAUCAGAAUGUCAUUCCAUAAUUCUCAUAAACUAAUAUUCCAAUGUUUCCGUACUGCAGGAACCUUUCAACUUACCAAACCCUCGCGGUCUCAGUUAAAACAAGCAGUUGGCAAAAGAUUUUUUUCUAAUUCAAACGUUGUCAAGAUGAGAUUCGUACAGUAUAAAUUCAAAAAUGAUGGUCCUCAGAGAUUGGGAGCUCAGUUAUCUGAAAAUGGUGAUAUAAUUGAAAUAAGUGCCGUCAAACCAUCUUUACCAAAUAACCUAGUUGAUUUCCUUAAAGGAGGGAGCGAGUUGCUGAAUGUUGCCAAAAGUGUUGUGGCGGAAGGGAGGUCAAUUAUACGCCUUUCAGAGGUGAACAUAUUAGCACCUCUUACGAAUCCUGACAAAGUGAUCUGUGUCGGGCUAAAUUAUAAAACACAUUGUGAUGAACAAAAGAAACCGUACCCUGAGGAACCUUUCUUCUUCUCGAAAUUCUCCAGUACAAUCAUCGGGCCCAAUGAAGAAGUUAAACAUCCUCCUAACUCCAGGGCUUUGGAUUGGGAAGUCGAAUUAGGAGUUGUAAUAGGGAAAAAGUGUCGUUUAGUCUCUAAGGAUGAGGCUAAUGACUAUAUAUUUGGUUACACUGUCACAAACGACAUAUCUGCUCGGGACUGGCAGACACCGAAGAAAAAUAAUGGCCAAUGGUUAUUUGCAAAAAGUAUGGAUACGUUCUGUCCACUCGGACCAUCUGUUGUUGCAAAGGAGUUUAUCCAAGACCCACACGAUCUUACACUUACAUGUAAAGUGAAUGGUAUCGAGAAGCAAAAUGGGAAUACCAAUGAUAUGGUCCACAAUGUCUAUGACAUCGUUUCCUACUUGUCCCACUGUGUAACCCUCCUACCUGGAGACGUAAUAUUAACUGGUACCCCAUCAGGAGUUGGUGUCUUUAGGCAGCCACGAGAAUUUUUAAAGGUUGGUGAUGUCAUUACAACUGAAAUAUCUGGGCUCGGUAAGCUGGAGAACACAGUCGCAUAGCAACUUCUCUAUUCCUCAGAAAUAGGUUAAACUAAUAUCUGUUUUUAUGUGCAAUUAUUGUUAUUAUCAUUCUACUUAAUUACUAUCAACAAUUCGUCUAGAAAUUUGUUUUGAGUGAUUUAAAACAUAACUAAAAACCUAUAAGAUUCAUGGAAUCAAUCAUAACAAUUGUAAAUUACUAAAGGUUUAUAGAAUUUUUUAACAUAACAUUUUAUAUCACUCAUCACUAUACUUAAUUUAAUUUAAAAUGUCUCAGUAGCUAAAUAGCCACCAUUUUUAGUUAUCUGAUUGGUGUUUGGGAAUAAUCCAUCUUUAUAAAUAUGUAACAUGAUAUUUAAAUGUAUAUUGAAUGGUAUAUAUAAUUAGGUUUAAGUUAGUUGUAGAAAUACAGUUUUUAUACUUCAGAAGUGUAAAUUUUUAUAUUAAAAAGUUUUAAAGAAUUAUUUCAUUUUAAAAGACUGAUAUUAAAUUGAGUUUAAAAGUAUACUUUCAAAUUACACAUUGUAUAAUAAUUAAUAGUUUGUCUCUUAAAUGCUGUUAAUUAAAUUUACACUAGUAUUAGAUGCCGCAAUAAUGUUCGGUUUAUAA